AUGUUGGAAUUUAGGGCUUCAACUAACUGCACCUUGUCCUCGUCGUUGGAUCAUAAGCCUUUGUCGUCACCGUUUAUACUUGGAAAAUGCCUGAGAGGGGACGAGGAUAGUAAAGAAGAGACGAUGGGUUCUUUUGCUGCACUGGGUGGGUUCUGGGCGGUUCCGGCGAGACCGGAUUUCGAACAG